GAUAUUAGUAUUAAAAGCAUUCUUCAAAUAAGUUUCGAUACUCGACCCACUUCAUAUGUCCGAAGAGCUAGUUAUUAAUCCACCUUCCAUAUAUGUGUCAGCCAUUAAAACGGGAGUCACUGAGUCCGUCUAGUAAUCGAAUACGGAUGUUAUCCCAUUAAACAAAACAAAUAGACUUUCCCCAUUUUCUUUCCGCUUAAAUCCAGGUUGCGCUUGCCACAUCCGCGGAGACACAGAUCUUAGGUGGAAGUGCCGCCCAAUUGCGCAAGCAAUGGAUUCGUGUCUCAAUAUUAAGUUCACUAUUGCAACAUCCGUGCGGUAGCGAACCAGAGGCCCCAAAAGCAAUCGACACCAAUCGGAUCGCAGCGGAUCGACUUGCGCAUUUCGAGGUCAUUGUGCAGACCGGGUGGUGGGUGGCGCCUCGAGUUACCCGCAGGUGCUAUAAAACACCCACCGGGGAGUCACUGCAGCAUCAGUUCCACAAGAGCAAUCAAAAGAAGAGGAUGCACUGCUUUACCUGGACGAUUCUGGGUGGUCUUUUGGCCCUUACCUCAGCUGCAGGAUUGCCCCAAAGGGCAAGCAGUGGUUACCAGGAGCAAGAUACGGCCAGAGCCUUCUACUCCUAUGGCUACAGUGAUGAGAAUGCGGCCAGGGCUGAGUACUCCUCCCGAGAUGGAACCUCCCGGGGAUUCUACUCCUAUGUGGAUGCUGAUGGAAAACUACAAACGGUUCGAUAUGAGGCCAAUGGAGUUCAGGGCUUUAAAGCCGAAGCGAGUAACCAACCCCAAGCACCCGUGAACGAGGGAAAGGCUCCAUUGCCGGUAACCGACACUGAGGAGGUGCAGCAGGCUCGUCUAACCCACCUGAAUGCUCUGCGGGAAGCCAGAGAGAAAGCUUUGGCCACCAGUUUGCGUGAGGAGGUGGACAGAAGGCAGCAGGAACAGAACAGGAACAGCAACGAUGAGCCGCAGUCGGGGGAGCAGAGUCUGACCGAUGAGGAUGCGGCGAUUUUGGAGAGAGUUCGCGCCGAGCUAUCAGCUAUGCUGGCCGAUCGUCAGCGAGCGCUCAGUUUGCCUAGGAAUAGGGAAAACCAGGAGCAGCGGAAGGAUCAGGAAAUCCGACAGGAUCAGAGGAAGGAACAGAGACAAGAGCUCAGACAGGAACAGAGACAAGAUCUGAGACAGGAACAGAGGCCAGAUCAGCAAGAUGAUCGGCGACAGAAUCAGCGAGAAGAUCGACGACAAGAUCUGCGACUUAAUGGACGACAAGAUCAGCGGGAAGAUCGACUACAAGAUCAGCGGGAAGAUCAACGACUGGAUCAGCGAGAAGAUCGGCGGGAAGAUCGGCGAGAAGAUCGAAGAGAGGAGCGGCGACAAGAUCAGCGAGAAGAUCGGCGAGAAGAGCAGAACCUGAGAAUUGACCAGGAAUCUCGUCAAGACCUCCGCCAAAACCAACGUCAAGAUCAGACCAGGAAUCAAGAAUCUUUGCGAGAAUCGAGUCAAAUCCGGGAGAAUGAUCGUCAGAUCUCAUCUGAUCGCGAUGCCGAUAAUCUGCGCCUGCGCACCAUCUACUCCCUGGCUGAUCUAAGCUCCAGCAGUUAUCUGAAGCUCGGCGGCUUGGCAAGUGCCGAGAAACUGCUCGAGGAUCGGUUAGACAACAGUGAUCUCCGUGUGCCAAUCGGUGCCUACUACACCCUGGUUUCCCCAAACACCAAGUACAGUGUGACCACGCCCACGGAGCUGCGAACCCUGCGCCCGGUGGCCCUUAGUCGCAGUUUGUUGGUAAGCAAACGCAAUUGAAGGCGCGAUGAUGACCUGCUAAUGAUCGUGGAACUAAGUGCGGUGUAACUAUGACGAGUUUCCUAAGAAUAAAUGCAAGACAGAGCACCAUUGUGCCAAAAGUCAAA